CUGUAACCAAAGGUAUUGUGAGCUGUUGUAUAUAAACUUCCUGAUUUUGUUUCAUUAUUCUUGAAAAUACAUUAUAAGCAUGUGGUCUUAUUUUUAAGUGUUAUAAUAAUAUAAGUUAGAAAUUUAAAUUUGGGGAUUUAAUUCAAGACUGUUGACAGUUGUUCAGAUUCAUUGGGAAGAUAAGUUUUAAUAGUGCCUUGGUAGUCUAAAUUCACUAGGUCAUCACUGCACUGUUCAAAGUAUGCUUCUGCUUCUUCCUACAUAGUUGGGUUAGAAUUUGCAUGGCAUGUAGCUAGUCUUUUCAUGGUGGAAGAGGUAUCUAAGGCUCUCGAGAGCUUUUUGAGAGUGGAUGUUGUCCAAAGGUACUGGUGCCUGCCCAGGCGUCCUGCUCCGGCCCUGCAGUGUCCUUUGCUGCUGCCCUCUGUAAGUCUUGCAGUCACCCACUGGGGAGGGGUUACAGAGCGCCAGCCUGCCUUAGGCAGCCCUUCACUCUUGCCACUCAUCACCAGGGCCCAGGCGGACCUCCAGCUGAAACACUGCCUUUUUUGGUACCUUCUGCUUCCCUUGCAGCCUCCCUCAUUCCUCUUAAAGGAUUCUGCUGAGAACAGUUCUUGUAGGAGCAUCCCAUCCCAGGCUUUAAGACCUGCAGAAGUUGAGGGAAUGUAGGAUGAACCCUGUGUGCCCCACCCAGCUUCAGUUACCACCUGUUGCCUACUUUGUCUUAUCUUUCCCACUUUACAUCCUCAAGUGUGUCACAGCAUACCUCACACAUGAUGUCAUUUUAUCCAGAUCAGUAUCAUCUAUGGCCCUGAACAGGUAAGGGCUGUACUAACUCCUACUACCAAACCUGGCAAAAUUACAUUAUUCCUCAGUGUCACCUGAUACAGACCAUGUUCAUAUGUCCUCCACCACCACCGUGGUAGUGAUACUACAAUGUACAAAAGAAAUCAAAGGUUCAGUGUAUGUGUUAAGGUCCUGGAUGCCUCGUCUCUUAGUUUCAACACCAGAUUGAAAUGGUUUAUCAUAUGCUUUGUGGCUGGCAUUUUCUUUUCUAUCCUUGGAACUGGAUUGCUGUGGCUUCCUGGAGGCGUAAAGCUUUUUGCAGUGUUUUAUACCCUUGGGAAUCUUGCUGCAUUAGCCAGUACGUGCUUUUUAAUGGGACCCGUGAAGCAGCUAAAGAAAAUGUUUGAAAAAACUAGAGUACUUGCAACAGUCAUUAUGCUUCUCUGCCUCAUAUUCACCCUGUGUGCCGCUCUUUGGUGGCAUAAGAAGGGACUGGCCUUACUAUUCUGCAUAUUGCAGUUCUUAUCAAUGACCUGGUAUAGUCUGUCGUACAUCCCAUAUGCAAGGGAUGCGGUACUUAAAUGCUGCUCUUCUCUUCUAAGUUGAAAAUCAGAAACUGCUCCUGGAAAAGCACCUUGGGAUGCUGAGAGUCCCUUGCUAGUGAAGCACUCUGUUCCUGGUGCAGUGGUCACUCCAGCAACAACCACAGGACAGCUUAAGCCCUUCUGCAUACUGGUCAGACCACACACUCAGUUAAAAAGCUAAAUGUGCCUAGCUUUAACUUUGCUGUAUCAUUAACGUGCUCUUCCAAAGAUAAAGAGAUUUUAAUCAUU